UCUCUCUCUAUCUAUUUAUAUAUAUUGUCUUUGCCCAUCUUUGCUUCAAAUUCCAUUUCUUUUAAUUUAAUUAAGGGUAGUGGAAGCAGGCAACAAGAUAAAAAAGCAAGAGAAGAGAGAGGAUGACACCACAUCCUCUGUUUCCAUUCUCAUUCUCAGUUUUCCCUGCCAUUCAAAUUUUCACAUAGCCUCUCAUUUUUAUUUUUUAUUUUUAUUUUUUUUGUUUCCAUCACCAACCAUUCAUCCUUUAAUGCUCAAUUUUCCAUCUGGGUUGUUCCCUUUUCCCCUUGAUCUCUUCACCUUCUCUCAAAUUCUUCUCUGAUCCCAGAAAAAAAAAUUAAAAAAAUAAAAAUUUAAAAUCAAAAUCAAAAUAUACCUGCUUGCUUUCUCUCUUUGCUGGAUUAGAUAUUUUGGUUCAGUUUUUGAUUGAUGCUCCAAAGAUCCGAUUCUCUAAGAUCGAAUUUGACAAAACCCACUUCGUACCUGAUUGAAGCAACAACUGGGUUCUGUUUGAGUUUGAAGAUAAGAUGGAAUCGGAUCUUGGCAAGCUCUUCAUUGGGGGAAUUUCCUGGGACACUGAUGAGGAACGACUCAAAGAAUAUUUUGGGAAAUAUGGAGAGGUGAUAGAGGCUGUGAUCAUGAGAGAUCGCACGACAGGUCGAGCUCGCGGUUUCGGAUUUGUUGUCUUUGCUGAUCCUGCUGUUGCCGAAAGAGUCAUUAUGGAUAAGCACAUAAUUGAUGGCCGCACGGUUGAAGCUAAGAAAGCUGUUCCUAGGGAUGAUCAGCAAACUAUAAAUAGACAGUCUGGUGGCGUCCACGGAUCUCCUGGUCCUGGACGAACCAAAAAGAUUUUCGUUGGAGGUUUACCAUCAACAAUCACUGAAAGUGAUUUUAAGAAGUACUUUGAUCAGUUUGGUUCAAUUACUGAUGUUGUAGUGAUGUAUGAUCACAAUACCCAGAGGCCAAGAGGUUUUGGCUUCAUCACUUAUGAUUCAGAAGAAGCUGUGGACAAAGUUCUUUAUAAGACUUUUCAUGAACUCAAUGGAAAGAUGGUUGAGGUCAAGAGGGCAGUUCCUAAAGAGCUUUCCCCUGGACCUAGCCGGAGCCCAUUGAUUGGAUAUGGUUUGAAUAGGACCAGUAGCUUCCUAAAUAGUUAUGCUCAAGGUUUCAAUAUGAAUCCAAUUGGAGGUUACGGAGUCAGGAUGGAUGGUAGGUUUAGUCCACUUACUAGUGGUAGAAGCGGGUUUACCUCAUUUGGCUCCAGUGGUUAUGGAAUGGGAAUGAAUUUGGAUUCAGGAUUGAACCCAAGCUAUGGAGGGGCUUCCAAUUAUGGUAGCAGUCUAGGAUAUGGUCGGAUUAGUCCUUUCUACAAUGGCAACUCCAGCAGAUAUACCACUCCAAUUGGCUAUAGUGGGAGCAAUGGGAGAAGUGAUUUGCUUGUGAACUCAACUUCUAGGAAUGUUUGGGGAAAUGGGGGCCUGAACAAUGCUGCCAAUAAUCCAAUCAGCCCUGGUACUUACUUGGGAUCUGGAAGUGGGGCUUUUGGUGUUUCAAUUGGAAAUAGUGGCACCAAUUGGGGUGCAUCUGUUCCAAACCAGGGUGGAGGAGGGGCUGCUUCUGGGUAUAGUACUUGGGGUAAUGCUUAUGAAGGUGGGGAUAACAGCAUUGGAUUAGGAAGUGGAGGAUAUGGAAGGAACAGCAGCCCGAGUGUGACUCAGUCCUCAACAUUCACUGCACCAACUGUUGGUUAUGAAGGAUCCUAUGGGGACUUGUACCGCAGUGGCUCAGUAUACAGUGACUCAACUUGGCGGUCUGCUGCUUCUGAGAUAGAUGCUUCUGCUUCAUUUGGUUACGGACUUGGUGGUAUAGGUUCAGAUGAUCCAGUAAAGAAUUCUGAGGGUUUUAUUGGAAACUACAAUGUAACAAGUAGACAAUCAAAUAGAGGAAUUGCUGCUUAGGAGAUAUGUUAAUUGGAUAUGUUAUGGUAACAGUAGAUCAAGGGAAACUGGUAAAAGAAAAUGAGGUUUUGUGAAUUCAUACAUCUCCAUCACUUGAGAGAUAUCAGCUCAUAAGGAAAUUCAUAAUAUAUAGCUAACGGUGUUCUUUCAUUUGAAGAAUACAUAAGCUAAAUCAGUUACAAGGGUUUUUGUGUAAGGUUUUGGAUUUUUUGUUUUGUCCUUUCUUUGAUUUUUCAAGACUUAGGUUCCUUUCUUGGAAUUUGAUUGAGGUGUAAAAUCAGAUUGCGGGAUAUACUCAGGAAUAUUGGUUCUGAUAGUUUAAUAGUGCAUCAUCUCUGGCGAGAUGCACCGUUGUUAGUAUGCUUAAUGAUAGUUUAUAAUUUUUGAAUUUUUUUUUGCCACUGUAAUGCUUGGCAAAGUUGUUUGUUCUUGUCACCAUCUUUUUUAUGGGACAUGUUUCUGAUCAAAUUGUAAGUGAGGUUCAGUUUGAUUUAUCAGGUUUGGAACAUGAGGGGUAUCCCCAUAUCUUGGAUCCCCAUCAAAUAAUUAGUUACUGGACAGUUAUUAUUUUUUACUAGACUUUUGUUAUGAAACUUUACAUUUGGUCUAUUUUUACAAUCAAAAUCUGAUUCUUACUAAUUAUACAACUCUAUUC